AUUCUCUAAUAGAGCGCACCUGUUCCUGUUUGUCUGUUGCGAGGUCGUCAGUUCGGAAAUUAUGAGUAUAGCAAACAGACUGGAGGCUGCAUUCGCUACAAACAAUGCUACUUCAGUUUUUCUAUUCAUUACUGGGGAGAAAUCAUCAAUGACUCUGGUUGAGAUAUUGGAUGACGCUGCAUGCAGGGAUUUGCAUAAAAAUGAAUUCAAAAAUGUUACACUGAUUUUACGCGCACUUGAACAAGUAAUCUGCAAAGACGAAGACUUCAUCAACCAUCUGGUCUCUCAUGGUUUACUGGUGAAGAUGCUGAAUUGGUUUGAGAUGGUUUGUGAGCAUCUAAAGGUGCAGCAGAAACCAAACAAGGCUCCGAUGCGGCUCAUGGAAGUGUUCUGUGAAGUAUCGAUGCGGCUUUGCCAGAGCAACACCGAAGGCAACGUUAAAAUUUUGGAGAUUCUUAUACUGAGGUUUGGGGCUGUUGUGAUUGACUAUGAUGUACACUUCAGUCUUCGUCUAGAGGCCAUUAAGACAAUAAAUUCAAUGCUUGACAGUGCUUCAAAAGAAACUCGUAAAAAAAUAUGUCAGUCUGAUCACAGUUCUCUGCUAGAAGAGUUUGCUAAAGUCAUAAUUGAUGUUGGUGAUUAUGAAAUGCAGGUGGCCAUAUCUGAAGCACUUUGUCGGAUGACACCAAAGAAACUAAGGGAGGAAUUGGUUGGCAAGUGGUUCAGUUACAGAAGUUUUGCAUCAUCCUUCACAACAAUAAGGGUUAAAGAAUUUGAAACGGAUUGUAGGAUAUUUCUAAAUGAACUCAACAGCUAUUUUGGGGAUUCCAGAAGAGUGUUUUCAUAUCCAUGCAUUAGGGCAUUUCUAGACACCACUGAGUUGCUCAAACCUGAGGAUGAACUUUUGCAAAAGUUCUGGAUAGACUUCAACAUUGGGACAUCUUGUAUUGGCUUCUAUGUAAAUGACCCACAAGAAACCUUGUGGGAACUUAUUCAUUUGCCUAAAGAAGCCGUUAGUUCAUACAACCUGCAAGAAUGUGAUGAUCGAAAGAUCUUGAGCAUUUGCAUGUUACUUCCGGUGUGUCAUGGAAAGAUCACUGGAAAAAUGGUGCAGGUUACCUUUGACUCCAGACAUGACAUUCAAACUGCUGUAAACAAAGUCUAUGCUGGCGGAGAAAAAUUACAGCUGCUAGAGAUGACACAGCAUGCUUCAUUAAAUAACGAAGACUCAGGAAUUCCAGCUACUCCAACUAAAAUUAAAGUGUCUUUCGCCAGUCCUUCUACCUCAGAGACUACAGUAACAACUCAAGGCUCAUCUGCUUUUCAGAGUAGUUCUGGGAAUCUGCCAUCACAAAAAUGCAGGACAUUCCUAACUAAAGAUGAAUAUUCUCUAAUAAACGAGUCAGACACAGAGGUUGCGAACGCAAAGGGUAUUGUCUUCAGUCAGUCAGUCUCAUCUAAUGGGUCUACCAGUUCUGUUAAGUCCUUUCCAGCAGCAAAAUCUACACAAAAGAGAAAACUUAGGAUGUUUUAUUCUGAAAGUGACUGCUGUGUGUCACCUGGUGAAAAACCUUUGUUCAGACACAAACCCCAAUGUGAUUACACCAGGAAAAAACCACGACUAAAGAGUAAACUUAAAGUACUACCCCUUUCCUCACCAAGUAGCAAUGAAGAGAAGUUUUUUAAGGAAUCAACCCCUAAACACAGGUUAGAGAAAGAGGGGGGCAAAGUGAUGGAUGGGAAGCAAAAUCUGGAUCUUUCCCACCAACCCAAGGAGUCCAUUCUGGAUUCAAGGUUUCAAGACAAUAAACCUUUUUUUUCAAUGGAGAAACCUCUUGAAUCUAAUGAAUACACUAUAGAUGAAGAACCAUUUAUGCCUUUACGCAAAGAACCACUAGCAUCAGCAGACCUGAAUGAAAGUUGUGAGGUUGAAGAUGAGGAGCUCUCAUUUUCUACACUCAAACCCAGAAAACUGUUCAUCUCCCCUUCACCAGAGAGUGCUAAAGAAUCCAUAACACAAGCACUGAGAGAGGAUGAAAAAUCUGAGGCAGAGUUGAAUUCUGGAGUCAUGGCUGCCUUUGAUUCCUUCAAAGCUCAGCUAAGAGAAUACUUCUCUUCCAGAUAUAAGAAGACUAAAACAAAGUCACUGAGAUCUUUGACUGACUGCCAGAAGACUAUAUCAUCUUUGCUAAAAACAGUUCAUGAUCAAAGGCUUAUUCAUUUGGAAUGCUUCCAGAAGGCUGUAGUACAACAGUUGGGUCAGCUGGAGCAGAACUGUCUUUCCCUAAAGAACAUUGAAGAAGAAAUUGUGGGUUUUUGGCAGUCAGAGGCUGAUGCAAUGAAGGCCUUCUGUAAUAAACAGCUAAAGAGGUUGGAUUCUCUAGAGUUAUUUUCAGAGGGUGCCCAAGCCCCACAGAGGCAAGCAGAGGGAACAGAAGCACAUAAAACAUGGUAAACACAUACCAUGAUCCAGUUGCUGGGACCGAAGACUAAGACUUUCUAAGGAAGUAUUUUUUUUUUUUUCACUGCCUGCAGAUUCCAGACAGAAAACGGAAACUAAACAUGACUAAUUAAAAACCAUUAUGAGCAUUGCA